CAGAAAUGGGGGUGGGGCAGACAGUGACCCAGGCACCCAGGCAUUGCCAAAUGUUCUGAAGGCAAAGGUGGUGGUGCCAAAAAUUACCACUAGAUGAAAAAAGGUCUGUUCAGGUGUGGUACCCUCAUCUCUCUCCUCUCCCAAAACAUAGAACAAAAUCAUGGAGUCUUCCAAGAUCUUCAUGAGACGGCUGCCAGUCACAUCAGGCUACAGCGGCUUCAUUCCGCUCCUCAGUUGCCAGGAAACCUCCAGUGAGGACAAUGUGGAGCUCUGUCUGAAAACCUUCCGGGAGACCACGCAGCGACACAAAGACCAGCUGGAGGAGCUCCGCUGCGCCGUGGCCGCGGCUCCAAAGCUGAAGCCCGUCUGCUCCGAGGAGACGGUCCUGCGGGCGCUGCACGAGUACGCCCGGCGCUACCACCCCCUGACUCUGGAAUGUAAGAACGUGAGGAAACCUCCCCAGGAGCCCCCGAUCCCUGGCUGGGCAGGCUUCCUGCCCAGAGCCAGGGUCACUGAGCUGGGCUGUGCCACAAGGUACACUGUCAUGGCCAAAAACUGCUACAAUGACUUCCUGAAAAUCAAGGAGCUGGCCAAGCAGGCUAGGCAGAAAUCCUAUGCGGAACUGUAUGGAGGGGGAUCCGCACAACCUCCUGCUCCUUCUUCCAAAGUUUUGCAGCAUCAAGGGCCACUGGCCACAUGCCCUGGCUUCUCUAAUUCAGGUGGAAGUUGCCCUGCUCUUGGAGGACCCCAGGGCGAGGACGCCAAACCUCCAGUGACGUGUGGCUGUGCUCAUAAACCAAAUACGGGGAGCAACAGGAAGAUUCAUCUAGAGCCAGUGCCCUCAGUGAAGUAUGCAGAGGGCUAGAAGCCUGCGGUCUGCAGGGAGCCGGGAAGAGGGGUGGUGUCAAAAGCCUGCUGUCCUUGUCUCAGAACUAGCCUCUCACCCACACCCUAGUGGGCAACAAGGAAGUUGAGCAACAACAAUUCUUUACUGCUGUCUGCCUUGCAAUGGCAUGACCUUAGUGACAAAGGCUUUCUUUUGUCCUGUGAGAAU